AUGCUGGAUGUGGCUGGAAAGCUCCUUGGAGAAAAUCAGGAUGUCAUCCAGCAUACCACCCUGCAGCAUACCACCCUGCAGCAUACCACCCUGCAGCAUACCACCCUGCAGCAUACCAAACUGGAGCAAACCACCCUGCAGCAUACCACCCUGGAGCAUACCACCCUGGAGCAUACCACCCUGCAGCAUACCACCCUGGAGCCUACCACCCUGGAGCAUACCACCCUGCAGCAUACCACCCUGGAGCAUACCACCCUGGAGCAUACCACCCUGGAGCAUACCACCCUGCAGCAUACCACCCUGCAGCAUACCACCCUGGAGCAUACCACCCUGGAGCAUACCACCCUGCAGCAUACCACCCUGGAGCAUACCACCCUGCAGCAUACCACCCUGCAGCAUACCACCCUGGAGCAUACCACCCUGGAGCAUACCACCCUGCAGCAUACCACCCUGGAGCAUACCACCCUGCAGCAUACCACCCUGCAGCAUACCACCCUGCAGCAUACCACCCUGGAGCAUACCACCCUGCAGCAUACCACCCUGGAGCAUACCACCCUGGAGCAUACCACCCUGCAGCAUACCACCCUGCAACAUACCACCCUGCAGCAUACCAUCCUGCAGCAUACCACCCUGGAGCAUACCACCCUGGAGCAUACCACCCUGGAGCAUACCACCAUGGAGCAUACCACCCUGCAGCAUACCACCCUGGAGCAUACCACCCUGGAGCAUACCACCCUGGAGCAUACCACCCUGGAGCAUACCACCCUGCAGCAUACCACCCUGCAGCAUACCACCCUGGAGACCACAGUGUUGGAUGGCGCCGAGGAGGUGGACGAUGACAACUCCUGCAUCGAGUCGUCCUCCCCAAGGGACUCUCCUGUCAUGGACUGCAACACCUCACCACCCCUGGACAGAGAGGGGGGAGCAGGGCGAGUAGAAGGUGGAUGCUAUUGA